GUGGUGACGGCUGACGUCCUGGAUGAAGCUCACAUCCUCAUCCUCCACUCAGGUCGAGACUUCCCGUGGAGCUCCUGCAGCCGAGCCUUCUGUUGGCUGCCGGCUCCAGAGAGACCGGACCAGCGAGUCCAGGCUCCGGUCUGCUGUCUGGACCUCCUGCUGGACCGCCUCGGGACCCAGAUCUGCUCCGGUUCUCCUCCUGGUGUCUGGGUCUGCAGCACCGACAUGAUCCUCAGCAUCCCUCCGGACUUCAGUCUGUCCUGGGACAGGUUCUCUGGAGUUCGGGUUCUGGCGUUGCCGGGCGACGCCUCCUACGCAGCCAAUCACGGUGUCUACCUGUCGGACCAACAGGGUCGGGUCAGAGACAUCGUCUACAGGGGGACACAGGAGCAGAUCCUACAGGCAGUGAUGCAUGAUGGGAAAGUACCUCUGGUCUCAGGUCCGGUCUUCUUCAGCAGGUCCGUAUCAGAGAAGUUACUUCAGACUCACGUCACUCCUCCUCUGGACGGCUGCACCUACCUGGGCCUGGACUCUGGAGCUCCGCCCAUCAAGGUGUCUCUGUUCCUGGACCUGUUGAAGUGUCUCUGCUCAGAUCUGACCCAGGACCAGUUUGUGACUGAGGACAGAGCCGGCUGCAGUUCACCUUUUGGACCAGAGGGGGCGACGGUGAGGAGGAGCCGGACGGAGCUGUGGAGUGUCCUGAGAGGAGAGACCGUCAGGCUGGGUCUGUGUGUGUGUGUGUGUGUGUGU